CACAAGAACGAUUUGGUCUGCAUUAUUACAGUGGCUGGAGCAUUGGAUGACUUUACACAGAAACUACGCAACGCUGAACAACUUGGAUUACUUGUGAACGGCGUUCAACAGCCUUGCAACUCUUUUCGGGAAUUUAUAGCCUAUUCUGGAGUUUAUCCUACAAUUUGUGGAUUAUAACAUCUUUUGAAUUCAACAUGACUCUGGAAGAACUUGUUGGAUGCAACAUUACCGAUAAAAGAAUGGAGUCUGUGGGUCAAGCUUUAGAAGAAUUGCUGGUGGCCGCCCAGCGACAAGACUGUCUCACGGUCGGAGUCUACGAAUCUGCAAAACUCAUGAAUGUCGAUCCGGACAGUGUGGUUUUGUGUGUGCUGGCAACUGACGAGGAGGACGAAGACGACAUCGCGCUGCAGAUCCACUUCACGCUAAUCCAGGCGUUCUGCUGUGACAACGACAUCAAUAUCCUGCGCGUCUCCGGCGUGAGCCGUCUGGGGCAAGUCCUCGGCGAGUCAAACAACGCGGACAGCAACGCCAACGAAGCCAAGGACCUGCACUGCCUCCUUGUCACCAAUUCCCACGUCGACUCACUGAAAUGCCAAGCACUGAAAGAAGUCGGCAACUACUGCGAAGAGAGUCGCUGCAAAAACCAGUGGGUACCGUACCUCGCACUGCAGGAGCGUUGAACGAACUGGUGGAAGGUAAAGCGAAAGCGUUAAUGGCAAACUGAAGACGUCAUUCUUCGAGAAUAAAGGACGACGUUCAAGGAGGCAUCGCACGGUGACUUGCCGCGCGGCACGGCCCGCGGCGGCUCAAGUGCUGGGAGUCUGCGAGGAAAUGGUCAAAGGGACUCGCUCUCUUCCUUUGCGAAGUGGAACAUGCCCGGCGGUGGCGGAGGGGGUGCGGUAGGAAAGCGAGCCGAGUGGGGAGUCGCUGCUGCCUCUCAGCGCUGAUGGAGGGGAAUCGAGGGCGGCAGCAGCGUGGGUGUUGGACUUGCAGUUUCACUUCACAUCGGGGAAGCUGGAAACCUCUCACCGAUGUCGAGGCGGACAUUAAUAAUGGGUCGUAACGCACCCAUGCGUGGAUAAGGGAACAUUGUGGACUCGUGAAAUGAAUCUCACGCUUAACUGUUAAGCAGGAAUGCAUUUUUUUUCUUUUUUUCUUGAAUGAGCAGCACAGUGCUACUGCUACUACUAUCAUGUGAGGAGACAGUGCAGCACACGAACUUUGCAGCUGCUUGAUGAAUGGACUAUGUCAAAAGGAAACUAUAGAUUGCAAUGUAUUUCUAAUUUAAACAUAGUAAUAUAUGCCCAUGAACUACUGUAUUGUUAAAGUAUGAUUUCAUGUGUUCUAAUUUUAAUAAAUUAUUGAAUGGAAACAUUGAAA